ACCCAACCAAUAUUAUAAGCAUAAUUCAUUUUUAUGUUUCUUUACCGGUCAAAGAAAACGGUUAUGGCUAGAAAUAAUUAAAUUCAAUUUCUAUAUAGUUAACACCUCAGCGUCACAAACUAACUACUACAAUGGCUACAAGUGAAGGCGGAAACGGGAACCACAACACUGCCUUUGACCCGGAUUUGGAUAUUCCGGAUAACCCGGAUGACGAGUUUGCUGAGUUUGGUGCGGGUUGUUUCUGGGGUGUGGAGCUUGCUUUUCAGCGAGUUCCGGGAGUGGUGAAGACUGAGGUCGGAUAUACACAGGGUCAUACACCGGAUCCUAAUUACAAACUGGUUUGUACUGGAACUACCAAUCAUGUGGAAGUUGUUCGGGUUCAGUUUGACCCGAAACUGUGUCCUUACACGAAUCUAUUGGAUCUGUUUUGGUCACGACAUGACCCCACUACCCUGAAUCGUCAGGGAGGUGAUGUAGGUGCACAAUAUAGAUCAGGAAUAUAUUACUACAAUGAAACACAGUCUCGUUUAGCCCAAGAAUCAAAAGAAGCUAAACAAUUGGAACAUAAGGACAAGAUUGUAACUGAAAUUCUUCCAGCAAAGAGGUUUUAUAGAGCUGAGGAAUAUCAUCAGCAGUAUUUGGAAAAGGGUGGAGGCAAAGGCCGAGGUCACGGUCAGUCUGCUCAAAAGGGCUGUAAUCAUCCCAUAAGGUGCUAUGGAUGAUCAUCUAUUUUGUUUUUAUAUUUUGCUGGUUAAGGAUUGAAAAUUUUAUAUUUUGAAUAAAUGACAACGAUUUAUAGUCAUUGUUUGCAUGAA